AUGAAUGGAUUUUUGGAAAGGAGACCAGGAGAUCUGAUGGCUCAGCAUGAGCGUUCCCUUUCCCUCGCACAGUGGGAAGCCCAGUGGCAGGAGUUCCUCAGGACAGUGGAAAACCCUCACUCUGGAUGGGGAAUCCCACACUUCCCACAGAAACCUUCCCCCUGGGAUGAUGCCAAGGCCUUUCUGGCUGCCUUUGAGCAAGUGGCUGAAGCCUGUCAGUGGCCCCAGGAGGAGUGGGUGACCCGACUUGUGCCAGCCCUCAGCAGGGAUACUGAGAAGGCCUUCAACAGUCUGGAUGUCCGAGACAGAGAAGAUUAUGGGAAGGUGAAAGCAGCCAUCUUGCGAGGGGAUGCCCUGAGCCGGGAGAAGCAGCGCCAGCAGUUCAGGCUCUUCUCCUACCAAGAGGCUGAGGGGCCACGGUGGGCUUAUACUCGACUGCGGGAAAUGUGCCGUGGAUGGCUGAGAGUGGAGAAUCACAGCAAGGAGCAGAUCCUGGAGUUGUUGAUCCUGGAACAGCUUCUUAGUGUCCUGCCCCCAGAGAUACAGAGCCAGGUGAGGGAGAGUGGCCCCGAGAGCUGCUCCCAGGCAGUGGCUCUGGCCGAGGAGUUCCUCUUAAAGCAGGAGAAGCAGGUGUCCUCGGAGCAGGCGGCUGGAAGUGUCUCUGAGGCAGGCCAGGCUCCAUCUGAGAGUGAGCAAAGGCAGCUCCUGAUGGAAAUCAAAGAAGAGGAGGAUGGAGAGGCCAACCUGCUGGGGGAUGAUCAGGAGAAUGAGGAAGAUGAGGAACUGCAUGGGUUAUCAUCAGGCAAAACCAAGACGGUGCCUGUGAAGGGAGAAGUCAGUGUGAAAAAUGAGAUAUUCUGGAGUUUUCAGCCAUACCGCACCAACUCAGUGAUUAUUUAG